AUGGAGCUGGACCCCCAUGCCAGCAUGCAGGUCGGGAUGAGGGUAGUCCGUGGAGUGGACUGGAAGUGGGGCAGCCAGGACAGCGGCGAGGGCAACGUGGGCACCGUGGUGGAGAUCGGCCGGACGGGCAGCCCCACCACCCCCGACAAAACCGUGGUGGUGCAGUGGGAUCAGGGCAACAGAACCAACUAUCGCACGGGCUUCCAGGGGGCUUACGACCUGCUGCUCUAUGACAACGCCCAGAUAGGUGUCCGUCACCCCAACAUCAUCUGUGACUGCUGCAAGAAGCAUGGCAUCCGAGGCAUGAGGUGGAAAUGCAAAAUGUGCUUUGACUAUGACCUGUGCACCCAGUGCUACAUGAACAACAAACACGACCUGUCGCACUCCUUCGAGCGCUACGAGACCGCUCAUUCCCAGCCGGUCCUAGUGAGCCCUCGACAGAAUCUGACUCGCAUCACAUUAAAAGGGACUUUCCAGGGGGCUAAAGUGGUCCGUGGGCCUGACUGGGAAUGGGGUAACCAGGAUGGGGGUGAGGGCAAGACUGGCCGCGUGGUCGAUAUCCGGGGCUGGGACGUGGAGACCGGCCGCAGCGUCGCCAGCGUCACCUGGGCAGAUGGAACCACCAACGUCUACAGGGUGGGCCACAAGGGAAAAGUGGACCUCAAAUGUACUGUGGAGGCUUCUGGGGGCUUCUACUACAAGGAGCACCUCCCAAAAUUAGGGAAACCAGCUGAGCUGCAGAGGAAGGAGAGCACAGACAGGCAUCCCUUCCAGCACGGGGACAAGGUGAAGUGCCUGCUGGACAUCGACAUCCUGAGGGAGAUGCAGGAGGGCCAUGGAGGCUGGAAUCCCAAAAUGGCUGAGUUCAUUGGGCAGACAGGGACCGUGCACAGGAUCACAGACAGAGGGGACGUGAGGGUCCAGUUCAACAGUGAGACCCGCUGGACUUUCCAUCCUGGAGCCCUGACCAAGCUCAACACCUUUUGGGUUGGUGAUGUGGUCCGGGUGAUAGAUGAUAUGGAAACAGUGAAGCGGUUCCAACCUGGUCAUGGGGAGUGGACAGAUGAGAUGGCACCUACCUUGGGGCACAUUGGGAAGGUGAUCAAGGUCUAUGGGGACGGAGAUCUGCGGGUGUCAGUGGGGGGACAGUCCUGGACCUUCAACCCUGCCUGCCUGACAGCCUACCAGAGGGAGGAGGAGGCCAACCUGAUGACCACGGAGAGUGCCAAGGAACCCAAAAGUACUUUGGUGACUGUCCUGGAGAAGCUGCUGUCCCAGAGGACAGAGUCAGAGCAUGCAGGGUGCCUGGUCAUUUGUGCAGCCCUCAACAAUGCAGCCAAAGUCAGAGAGCUCCUCCAGAAAUACCCAGACAAGGUGGAUGCCAAGAACCAGGGCAGGACUGCCCUGCAAAUUGCCUCUUACCAGGGGCACCUGGAGGUGGUGAAGACGCUGCUGCAGGCUCAUGCCAACGUUGACCUGCGGGAUGACGAGGGGGACACGGCGCUGCACUACGCAGCCUUUGGAAACCAGGCUGAAGUUGCCCGUGUGCUGCUGGCUAAAGGAGCCAGUGCAGACCUGCUGAACAAUGCCAAGUGCACAGCCCUGUACAUUGCUGUCAGCCAAGGGUUUACAGAAGUGGUGAGGGCCCUCUGUGAGCUCAACUGUGAUGUCAACCUCCCAGAUUCCCAGGGAGACACCCCCCUGCAUUAUGCUAUCACUCUGGACUACAAAGUCGUGAUUGAGAUUCUCACUGAAGUUCCCAACAUAGAUUUCACUGUCCAGAACUGUCAAGGCUUCAACCUGCUCCACUAUUCUGCCCUGAAAGGCAACAAACUAGCCAUAAAGAAGAUUCUGGCCAGGGCUCGGCAGCUGGUGGACUCCAAAAAAGAAGAUGGAUUCACUGCCCUGCACCUUGCUGCUCUCAACAACCACAUGGAAGUGGCUGAAAUUCUCAUCAAAGAGGGCCGCUGCGACGUGAACCUGAAAAACAACCGGAACCAGAGCCCGCUGCACCUGGCUGUGAUCCAGGGCCACGUGGGGAUGGUGCAGCUGCUGGUGAGCCAGGGCAGUGAUGUCAAUGCUGAGGAUGAGGAUGGGGACACGGCCAUGCACAUCGCCCUGGAGCGCCAGCAGCUCAUGGCCCUGGCCAUGGAGAAGCGGGAGGGGGAGAUGGGAGCAGCCCUCCUUUCCAAGCUGCAGGCUUCUGGCUUCCUGGGAAAUGUGGAGCUGAAUGUUGGGACUGCCAUUGCCUGCUACUUAGCACAAGAGGGAGCAGAUAUUAAUUAUGCAAAUCAUCGAGGAAAGUCUCCUUUGGACCUCAUUACAGAUGGAAGGAUUGUCCAGAUCAUCAAAGACUUCUCACAGAAAUUCAGGUAAUGAGCCUCAGGAAGCCCUUACAAACCAGACCUUCGCCGUGUGCACACCACGCCCAACACCAUGACCAACCUCAGUGUCUGCAGCGUGGCAGUGCCCACAGAGUGCCUGGUCUGCUCAGAGCUGGCCUUGCUCAUCCAUUUCUUCCCAUGCCAGCACAGUAUUGUGUGUGAAGAAUGCUCCAGGAGGAUGAAGAAGUGCAUCAAAUGUCAAGUGACAAUAACCAAAAAACUGAAACAAGACAGCACGGAGGUGGAGUGCAGCCCCAGCUCCGAGUGCACGGAGCAGAGGAAGCUGAUGGAGGAGCUGCAGAGCCGCUACCGGCAGAUGGAGGAGAGGAUCACCUGCCCCAUCUGCAUCGACGACCAGAUCAAGCUGGUGUUCCAGUGCGGGCAUGGCUCGUGCCCAGACUGCAGCACGGCCCUCACCGUGUGCCCCAUCUGCCGCCAGGCCAUCCGCGAGAGGAUCCCCAUCUUUGUGUGA